AUGCAGUCGACGCCUCCUGGGGCCAUCGUUAGGAACUUGACAUUUCAGUCCGAAAAUCUCGGCCGAGACACGACGAUUUUGCUCGUUUUUGAUACUGACAUGGAGGGCCUCUACGACACAAUCUACCCUGUGGUUUGGAAAACCUUUACUUUCCCAAAGACAGACUGGUACAGCUAUAAUGUGACCUACUCGGACGACCUUGGUUUUUCCAAAGUAAGGAUCGGAAAUAGAAACCUCCUUGAUACUCUUGGUCACUUCAAGCUGAAGCCAGGCCAAAAAACCACACUAUCCCUGAACGAUGACGAUGAUCUACGUUUCUCUCUACCUGUGAAUGGUACCAAUGAUUACCUGACGGCAGAGAACGAGACUGGGUUUCAUCAGGACCUUGCAGUCGGCUUUUAUGACCCAUCAAGAACCUUCACGUAUGGGCCUGCUCCGAUGCUCUUCUUCAAAGAAGUUGGGAACGGAAGUAAGGCCACUGCUCAAUGUAAACCGGUCCUGCGCAUCUACGUCGAAUCGGACUAUCGAGAGACCGAGGUCUUGGUCGAUGCCAUUAAAAGCACUGCCAUCUUGGAGCAGGAUCUUCACCAGCUUUUUCGGAACACGGUCUUCAACCUCGAACGGAACAUGCUGACUGGACGUUACAAACUCACGAAGACUAAACCGUAA